AUGCCUUAUAGACCAGAAGCUGAGCUUAAGAGGCCUGACCUUAAAGGAGAAUUUUUAUGUGGACAUUGUGGCAAAACUUUCUGUCAUGCAGCAUCACUAAAUCGUCAUCGUUUAAAUUUCCAUGGGGAUGAUCAACAGUGCCAACUUUGUAAUGUUAAAAUCGCAGCACACGAGACAGUUCGUCGCCAUAUGGCAGUAAAUCAUCAGAUCACACGUGUUUUUACUUGUGGAUGCUGUAACUGGACUUUCCCUGACAAGAAGGAGCUUCAUGCACAUAACAACAGCAUGCUACGUACGGGACACCCUGGUGAUGCCCGGGCGAUUGCCAUCAGUAAUCGUCCACCAGGCUCUCUCGCUCAGGCCGAACUUAAGACGGAGGACGGAGCUUCAUUGAUAAAUAGAAGUAGUAACUUCAGUAGUCCGCCUCCAAAACAGCCAAAGAAAAAAGUUGAAACAACUAACGUUGCCCAAUUAUUGCUAAAACAAAUGGUGACACAACAGCAAGCAGCUACAGCUGCUAAUAGUAGCGGUGCAGCUUCAGCAGUGACUCCUGGUAUUGGCAAUGAAUGGAUACAGUCCUUCUUGCUGAAUAAUCCUAACCUUUUACCUCUAUUCUCUUUACUACCUGGAAUGAAACAGGAAGAACCAAGCGCUCCUUCUCCCUUAGAAUCAUUAUUUGCAUCGAAUAAUAAUAAUAAUACAAUAAAAUAUGAGCUCAAUGUGAAAACAGAGCCUGAAGAAACAUCGAGUGGUCCUGAGUCAGGAAUAGGAUCAGGAGAAGACGUGACAGAUUCAUCACCAGUCCCAAGCGAUUCAUCAUCGAAAGAAAGCAGUCCGCCCGGAGAUUCCAAGAAUUUCUCAAGGAAACGAAAAUCCGUCGAUGCUAUAGCGUCCUUUUUAUUUCAAAGGAAACAAUGUGCCAGUGCGGCUCAAUAA